UGAAAAGAACAGCGUCGCGUGUGCUUGUAUAUUUCCUUUUUUUUUUAAUUAUUUCUUUGCUUUCUUGGUAAAUUCGUUCCCCAAUCGGUUUAUCUCGAUGAAUGAUACAGAUCCUGUUAGCUGGACUUCCGAGGAACAGUGGGAGCUAGCCUUCGUUUAUGGGUUCGUCAGCGUGUUCGGAUCGGCGACCGAUCUGACAGGCGUUCACGGAUUUCCUCCGUUUCAACCCGAUAUGCUUGAAAAUGCUCUUCUUCGCAACAACCCGGAUCUCAUGGAUGAGUUAUUGUGCGCCUUUGUUAGCAACGCCUUGAACCGAAAAAAGGCGAUAGAAGGCAAUCAUUACAAUCGUGCAUUAUUCGAUCUCAUCAACACCAAACUGAAAUCGUUUGAUUUCGAUCUGAAUGCUAAUCCGCUGGCAGGAGGCACAGAUUUUCACUCACUAACACCCAACAUCAAGCUCAAAAUUCUUCGUUCGCUGGUUGAGUGGCAGCUUCAAGAUUGUCACGCUGUCCGUGCAGCCAUUGAUCAUUUCUGCAAAAAUACAAGCAAAAAUGAAACUAAUCCGGCAAGAGGCAUUCCAAUGGGUACAGAUAACAAAAAACAUACUUAUUGGCAAUUUGAUGAUUCACCAUGGUUAUGGCGUGAGAAACCAAGCAACAAACCUAAAUAUCAGUUUGAAACAGUAUGCAAGAGCAUGAACGAGCUACGGGAUUUCGCAGAGGAUUUAGAGAAAUCAGGAUCACGAACGGACCGGCAACUCUUGCAAAGGAUCCAUGAUGAUGUGAUACCGCGAGUGGAACAGUAUCAACGUGCACAGGAAAGAAAAGAUCGAGCCAAGGCACGGCAAAUUGCCAUGGAAAUGGCCAUCACACCACGCGAAUUACGGCCGCGCGACCGUAGAAAAAAUGUACGGUAUACUUUCGACGAUCCACUAGACGAAAUGGAUGAGUCGGAUGAAUACGAGGAUCCCUCUUUGGAGUCACCACCUGUCAUGCCGGAGCGCUCAAAGCCUACGCGUUCUAGCCGCCGUAUCCAUGCUAAAUUAAAUACAUCGGAGGAAGAUGUCCCCGAUGUGGAAGAUAAUGCAUGGCAUCGACCAGAAUAUCAUCCCGAAGACCAUACGAUGACGGAGAAUAUCGUGAUGACAGAGAAUACCGUGGAUAGUCCCGUGACUGAUGUAGAUAUGCAUCCUUCCGACAUGGAAAAUCGUACGCUGAUGAUUGCAAAUGAAUCACCGGCGGAAGGCAUCGAAAUCGUCGAUAUUUAACCGCUCCAUUCAAACAUAUGCUUUUGCUUUUUUACUGUUUAUAUAUGCUUGCGUUGACCCUCCAGAUAGGAGAGAUGGUCUGUAAUUUUCGCUUUUUUAUUUCUUUUGCACAUAGAUGAUCACGAUUCCCUCAUUAUAUAGAAUAUUAGCAUUCUUGUCUGAUACAAUUGUACAAUAAAAAUUGACUAGUAGAUGGUUAUUGCACGAAUG